CGUUUCCUCAUUGGGCGGAAGGUUCGGUGGCAGUCGUCGGUCUUCCAGCUGGUGGGAGUUGGCGUCGCGGAGCUGGGCGCUGGGACCCUAGCUUACAUAGUUUGGGAAGCCGGGCUGUGGGGUCGCACCGGUCUGUCUGAUCUCCGCUUUCCUUGGUUUCCUCCCACGGUGUGGGGCCUCGCGAAGGAAUCCCCGGCCCCUUUGGGCCACGGCGGUAGCGGUGCCUUUUUCGAUUUUCUUGUGAUCACGUCUUAAAGCCUUCAAGAUGGUACUAGCAGACCUUGGACGAAAGAUAACAUCAGCAUUACGCUCAUUGAGCAAUGCUACCAUUAUCAAUGAAGAGGUAUUAAAUGCUAUGCUAAAAGAAGUAUGUACAGCAUUACUGGAAGCAGAUGUUAAUAUUAAACUAGUGAAGCAGCUAAGAGAAAAUGUAAAAUCUGCUAUUGAUCUUGAAGAGAUGGCAUCUGGUCUUAACAAAAGAAAAAUGAUCCAGCAUGCUGUAUUUAAAGAACUUGUGAAGCUUGUGGACCCUGGAGUUAAAGCAUGGACACCCACUAAAGGAAAACAGAAUGUGAUCAUGUUUGUUGGCUUGCAAGGGAGUGGUAAAACAACAACAUGUUCAAAGUUGGCAUAUUAUUACCAGAGGAAAGGUUGGAAGACCUGUUUGAUAUGUGCAGACACAUUCAGAGCAGGGGCUUUUGACCAACUAAAACAGAAUGCUACCAAAGCAAGAAUUCCGUUCUAUGGAAGCUAUACAGAAAUGGAUCCUGUUAUCAUUGCCUCGGAAGGAGUGGAGAAAUUCAAAAAUGAAAAUUUUGAAAUUAUUAUUGUUGAUACAAGUGGUCGCCAUAAACAAGAAGACUCUUUGUUUGAAGAGAUGCUUCAAGUUGCUAAUGCUAUACAACCUGAUAACAUUGUUUAUGUGAUGGAUGCUUCCAUUGGGCAGGCUUGUGAAGCUCAGGCUAAGGCUUUUAAAGAUAAAGUAGAUGUAGCCUCAGUAAUAGUGACAAAACUCGAUGGCCAUGCAAAAGGAGGUGGUGCACUCAGUGCAGUUGCUGCCACAAAAAGUCCAAUUAUUUUCAUUGGUACAGGGGAACAUAUAGAUGACUUUGAACCUUUCAAAACACAGCCUUUCAUCAGCAAACUUCUUGGUAUGGGUGACAUUGAAGGACUGAUAGAUAAAGUCAACGAGUUGAAGUUGGAUGACAAUGAAGCACUUAUAGAGAAGUUGAAACAUGGUCAGUUUACGUUGCGAGACAUGUAUGAACAAUUUCAAAAUAUCAUGAAAAUGGGCCCGUUCAGUCAGAUCUUGGGGAUGAUCCCUGGUUUUGGAACAGAUUUUAUGAGCAAAGGCAAUGAACAGGAGUCAAUGGCAAGGCUAAAGAAAUUAAUGACGAUAAUGGACAGUAUGAAUGAUCAAGAACUUGACAGUACCGAUGGUGCCAAGGUUUUUAGUAAGCAACCAGGAAGAAUCCAAAGAGUAGCAAGAGGAUCAGGUGUGUCAACGAGAGAUGUUCAAGAACUUUUGACACAAUAUACCAAGUUUGCACAGAUGGUAAAAAAGAUGGGAGGUAUCAAAGGACUUUUCAAAGGUGGUGACAUGUCUAAGAAUGUGAGCCAGUCGCAGAUGGCAAAAUUGAAUCAACAAAUGGCCAAAAUGAUGGAUCCAAGAGUUCUUCAUCACAUGGUGUGUGACUUUCUUGGAGAGAAGAUUGCCUCUGCUUUGGGCAUCAGCACCCCAAAAUACCAGUAUGCCAUUGAUGAGUAUUACCGGAUGAAGAAGGAGGAAGAAGAAGAAGAAGAAGAAAACAGGAUGUCUGAAGAAGCAGAAAGACAAUACCAACAGAAUAAGCUGCAGGCUGAUUCCAUUGUUCAGACAGAUCAACCAGAAACACUGGUAUCCAGUUCAUUUGUGAAUCUCAAUUUUGAAAUGGAGGGAGAUUGUGAAGUAAUUAUGGAAAGCAAACAAAAUCCAGUCUCUGUCCCACCAUAGAAUGAAAUGACUAUCAAACUUCAAACUCUAAGGUGGUUUUUAUAUCAGGAACUUUCACAUUCUCUAUUCAGUGGGACUUAAUACAGUUAUUUAUAUUUUAAAUUAUUAAGUUAUCUGGAAAGGGAAAAAUGUUUCUUCAUUCUUAGGCUCUAUGUAGCAAGAGCCAUAUCUGAAAUGUGAAUAUUUGUACUAUGCUUUUACUGUGUGUCAAAUUAGUCCUUUGGUUUUAAAAUGAUCUUUAAAAAAAGUUAAGGACAUUGUAGAGCCCUAACCACCAAUUAAGAACUAAAUUAUGAAGCUUGUCUUUUAUUUGUGUUUGUAAGGAAAAAAAUAGGUAAGUUGCUGAUUAAGGCUGAUUGGAGCUGAUAUUCCUAGUCUCUGAUUAAAAUGAGGAUGUUUUCCCCCUACAUUUUCUCACGUUAUGUCCUACAUUUAUAUAACCAUUAAUUUCAUACUAAGGAUGGUUCACUGAGUGUGUAAUAAAAGGAGCAAGAUGAAAGCACAUUGAAUUUUCUUUCCUUGACAAUAACUUUAUUCUAUGGAAAAGUGAUUGAGUUUAUAAAAACACCAAAUUUUAAGAUAGGUUUCCAUUUUUUAAUGCAGGUUAUUUACUAUUCUUUUUCAGUAGUUACUCAAAUUAAAUAACUAGCUUUAAACAUAAUGUUAAAAACCCUAGACCCUAGUUAUGGAAUGAAUGUAUUAGUAUUCAAGUGGUAAUACCUAGUGAUUAUCCACAUGGCAUCCUGGCUCUGUCACUCAUUCAGCCCUGAAUGCCUCCUAUAGGCCAAGUAGUUGCGGGGAUGGGGGUGGGACUGGGGGACAGAUGAAGACUUAACCCUCAGGGGCUCACUGCUAAAUAUUGUACAAGGUGCAGUGGUAGCAUAAUGAAGUUACCCGUCACUCACCACUUCAAAGUAACAACAGUAAAGUGGACAGUUUACUUGACCCAGGUUGGCCAUCUCUUUACCCAUUGUGCCAUAAGCAAACCUCACAAAAGUAUAAUAUGAAAGUAAUUUUGAAAAUAUUCCAAAGAUGUAUUCAGAAUCUUGUAUGUGUAUGACUUUGAUUUGUAACUUAAUGUAGGUAAGGAAAAAUGUGUGGACUAUUUCAGAUAUGCUGCUCUUAAAAAGCCUAUUCACAAACGUCUAGCUUUUAGAGAUUAAUGGUUGUUAAUAGCCUUCUAAACAGCAUUAAGCUUUCGAUCUUAAAUAUAGAUAUAUCUAUAUAAAAUAUGGCUUCAAAGAAACUCACAAUAUAGGUACAGUGGGCCUGUAAUGGAAAUGUUAUCAAUGAACAUGAACAUCUGGCCACUAAGUUCAAUUUGAAGGAUUAGGAAAGAAGUUUCCUCAUUAGGAAUCUUAGUUACAUGGAUUCAUGGUAUGGUGGUUCAUGGCACGUGAUGGUAAUUAGUCAUGGGUGUAAACUCUAUAUAAUUUAGUGCUUAAAGCAUUAAUCUUCAGAUUAAUUAAUGUCACCAUAAAUUAUAGUUUACCAAUAGUUCUAAAACAUGCUAACCUGACAUUUUAACUUUGUUUGAGAUAGUACUUCCAAGACAGAUAUUUAUUUAGUUAUCUAGUGAGGGCAUCUCUUCCUAGAAGCACUAGAUCUAAGAGUUUACCUAGAAGCUUCUGUGAUUGUAGUAGCAGGAAGAUAAUACUUAUGAAGGUUUUACGUUUCUUGAAUUUUACUUUCUCUACUUGUCCAACAGUGGCCAGUUUGUAAUGUUAAUAUAGUUAUUUACUGUGCCUUAAAUUUUUAUUCUUUUUAUUUAUGCAAACUAUAAAAUUUCCCAUAAAUGCAUUAAAUGGUUUGUCUUAUUUUUAA